AUGAAUGCAAUGACAAGAGAACAUGCCCUACCAAUGCAAUAUGUCACAACAGCUUCGGAAGUUACUAUUGCUUAUGCAAACCUGGAUUUAAGGCUAUCUCAGGAGCACUGAAUUUCACCAGUGCACGUGAGAGAUGUGAAGAUACUGAUGAAUGCAAUGACAAGAAAACAUGCCCUACCAAUGCAUUAUGUCACAACACCAUCGGAAGUUACUAUUGCUUAUGCAAACCUGGAUUUAAAGCUCUCUCAGGAGCAAUGAAUUUCACAAGUGCACGUGAGAGAUGUGAAGAUACUGAUGAAUGCAAUGACAAGAGAACAUGCCCUACCAAUGCAUUAUGUCACAACACCAUCGGAAGUUACUAUUGCUUAUGCAGACCUGGAUUUAAGGUUCUCUCAGGAGCACUGAAUUUCACCAGUGCACGUGAGAGAUGUGAAGAUACUGAUGAAUGCAAUGACAAGAAAACAUGCCCUACCAAUGCAUUAUGUCACAACACCAUCGGAAGUUACUAUUGCUUAUGCAAACCUGGAUUUAAAGCUCUCUCAGAAGCAUUGAAUUUCACCAGUGCACGUGAGAGAUGUGAAGAUACUGAUGAAUGCAAUGACAAGAGAACAUGCCCUACCAAUGCAUUAUGUCACAACACCAUCGGAAGUUACUAUUGCUUUUGCAAACCUGGAUUUAAGAGUCUCUCAGGAGCAGUGAAUUUCACCAGUGCACGUGAGAGAUGUGAAGAUCCUGAUGAAUGCAAUGACAAGAGAACAUGCCCUAUCAAUGCAUUAUGUCACAACACCAUUGGAAGUUACUAUUGCUUAUGCAAACCUGGAUUCACGAGCCUCUCAGGAGCACUGAAUUUCACCAGUGCACGUGAGAGAUGUGAAGAUACUGAUGAAUGCAAUGACAAGAGAACAUGUCCAGCCAAUGCAUUAUGUCACAACACCAUCGGAAGUUACUAUUGCUUAUGCAAACCUGGAUUUAAAGCUCUCUCAGGAGCAGUGAAUUUCACCAGUGCACGUGAGAGAUGUGAAGAUACUGAUGAAUGCAAUGACAAGAGAACAUGCCCUGCCAAUGCAUUAUGUCACAACACCAUCGGAAGUUACUAUUGCUUAUGCAAACCUGGAUUCACGAGCCUCUCAGGAGCACUGAAUUUCACCAGUGCACGUGAGAGAUGUGAAGAUACUGAUGAAUGCAAAGACAAGAGAACAUGCCCUACCAAUGCAUUAUGUCACAACACCAUCGGAAGUUACUAUUGCUUAUGCAAACCUGGAUUUACGACUCUCUCAAGAGCACUGAAUUUCACCAGUGCACGUGAGAGAUGUGAAGAUAUUGAUGAAUGCAAUGACAAGAGAACAUGCCCUAUCAAUGCAUUAUGUCACAACACCAUCGGAAGUUACUAUUGCUUAUGCAAACCUGGAUUCACGAGCCUCUCAGGAGCACUGAAUUUCACCAGUGCACGUGAGAGAUGUGAAGAUACUGAUGAAUGCAAUGACAAGAGAACAUGCCCUACCAAUGCAUUAUGUCACAACACCAUCGAAAGUUACUAUUGCUUAUGCAAACCUGGAUUUAAGAGUCUCUCAGGAGCAGUGAAUUUCACCAGUGCACGUGAGAGAUGUGAAGAUACUGAUGAAUGCAAAGACAAGAGAACAUGCCCUACCAAUGCAUUAUGUCACAACACCAUCGGAAGUUACUAUUGCUUAUAUACUGAUGAAUGCAAAGACAAGAGAACAUGCCCUACCAAUGCAUUAUGUCACAACACCAUCGGAAGUUACUAUUGCUUAUGCAAACCUGGAUUUACGAGACAUUCAGGAGCAGUGAAUUUCACCAGUGCACGUGAGAGAUGUGAAGAUAUUGAUGAAUGCAGUGGCAGGAGUAUAUGUCUUUCGAAUGCAUUAUGUCACAACACCAUCGGAAGUUACUAUUGCAUUUGCAGACCUGGAUUUAAGACUCUCUCAGGAGCAGUGAAUUUCACCAGUGCACAUGAGAGAUGUGAAGAUACUGAUGAAUGCAAUGACAAGAAAACAUGCCCUACCAAUGCAUUAUGUCACAACACCAUUGGAAGUUACUAUUGCUUAUGCAAACCUGGAUUUAAGAGUCUCACAGGAGCAGUGAAUUUCACCAGUGCACAUGAGAAGUGUGAAGAUGUUGAUGAAUGUAGUGGCAAUAAUACGUGCCCAAGCAAUGCAGAAUGUCACAACACCAAUGGAAGUUAUAGUUGCACGUGCAAACCUGGAUUUAAGAGUUUGUCAGGAGUGGCCAGCUUCACUGGUACCCAAGAGAGAUGCAGAGAUAUUGAUGAAUGCAGUGACAACAGUACAUGCCCUACCAAUGCCUUAUGUCACAAUGCCAUCGGAAGUUACUAUUGCUUAUGCAAACCUGGAUUUAAGAGUCUCUCAGGAGCAGUGAAUUUUACCAGUGCAAGUGAGAGAUGUGAAGAUGAUGAUGAAUGUAGUGACAAUGAUAUGUGCCCCAGCAAUGCAGAAUGUCACAACACCAAUGGAAGUUAUAGCUGCAAGUGCAAACCUGGAUUCCAGAGUCUGUCAGGAGCAAUUAACUUCACUAGUCUCCAAGACAGAUGCGAAGAUAUUGAUGAAUGCAGUGACAAGAGUACAUAUCCAAGCAAUGCAGUAUGUCACAACACCAUUGGAAGUUACUAUUGCUUAUGCAAACCUGGAUUUAAGAGUCUCUCAGGGGCAGUGAACUUCACCAGUGCACAUGAGAGAUGUGAAGAUGUUGAUGAAUGUAGUGGCAAUAAUACGUGCCCGAGCAAUGCAGAAUGUCACAACACCAAUGGAAAUUAUAGCUGCAUGUGCAAACCUGGAUAUGAUGAUGAAUGUAGUGUGAACAGUACAUGCCCUAACAAUGCAUUAUGUCACAACACCAUUGGAAGUCAUUAUUGCACAUGCAAACCUGGAUUUAAGAGUAUCUCAGGAGCAGCUAACUUCACUGAUACACAUGAGAGAUGUGAAGAUGACAAUGAAUGUAGUGCAAAUAAUACAUGUCCAAACAAUGCAGAAUGCUACAACACCAUUGGAAGUUAUUAUUGUGCAUGCAAACCUGGAUUUAAAAGUCACUCAGAAGCAAAGAAUUUCACUCGUUCGCCAAAGAGAUGUGAAGAUAAUGAUGAAUGUAUUGCUGAUAAUACAUGUCCUAACAAUGCAGAAUGUCACAACACCAUUGGAAGUUAUUACUGCACAUGCAAACCUGGAUUUAAGAGUCUGUCAGGAGCAACUAACUUCACUGAUACACAAGAGAGAUGUAAAGAUGCCGAUGAAUGUAUUGCUGAUAAUACAUGUCCUAAUAAUGCAGAAUGUCACAACACCAUUGGAAGCUAUUACUGCACGUGCAAACUUGGAUUUAAGAGUCUCUCAGGAGCAGUCAACUUCACUGAUAUACAAGAAAGAUGUGAAGGUCAGUCAUUCGAUUGCUGCCAUGAACCUAUGAAUUCAAGUGAUCUACAAUUCCUUAAUUCAAAUUUCACUUUAGUUAACACUCAGGAUGAGAAGCUACUAAGAAUAAUUUCAGUCAUUGGACUUACCAUCUCUGUCAUCUGCUUGACUCUUUCCAUUGUGACAUUUUGGCUGUGUCAUUCUAUUCAAAAUGCGAGUACGACAUUGUACAUCAACCUUUGUAUCUGCCUGCUUGCAGUGGAUGGCAUUUUCCUUGUUGGUAUCUUCCAAGCCAGAUAUGAGAUCCUCUGUAAAGUUAUCUCAGCUUUUCUACACUAUUCCCUCUUGGCCUCCUUCUCUUGGAUGUGUCUGGGUGCAUUUCAGCUCCAUCUUAUGGUACAAAACCUUAAGUUAGUCAAAGCCCUCCAAACCCAUGUGAUUCGAAGGAGAUAUAUGUAUCCUGUGGGCUAUGGGGCACCUACUAUAAUUGUUGCAACUUCUGCAGGUGUUUUUCCUCAUGGAUAUGGAACAGACAAAAUGCCCAUCGCUUCAUACUUUAGAUGCUGGCUAAGUCUUGACACAGGAAUUCAGUGGAGCUUCAUGGGACCUGUAUGUUUUGUAAUCCUGGUGAACGUGAUUCUAUUUACCAUAACAAUUCACACACUGAGAAAACAUGUUUCAACACCCAACAAAGAUGCAUCAACCAUCAAGAACACAAAAUUUGUGGUAUUAGUAAAGGUGAACGUGAUUCUAUUUACCAUAACAAUUCACACACUGAGAAAACAUGUUUCAACACCCAACAAAGAUGCAUCAACCAUCAAGAACACAAAGGGGCUUCUUUUUAAGUAUAUUGCUCAGUUCCUUGCUUUUGGUUGCACAUGGCUAUUCAGCAUCUUCCACUUUCAGAAGGAGACCCUUGUGAUGUCAUACAUUUUUGCGACACUGAACAGCUUCCAUGGAGUAUUUAUGUUUCUGCUCUAUUGUGCUGCUAAUAAACUGGUUAUGGACGAGUAUAUAAUCUGGCUUCAGAGGGUCUUCAGAAUCAAGAAACAAAAGCAUAAAGUAAAUACCACCACCAUUACCACCACCAUGGCCACUGACAUUAGAGCCACAAUAUCAUCAUCAUCAUUAUCAUCAGCAUGCACAACAGAUACCCAUACAUUUGAAGAUAUAAAGAUGAAACCUCUAACAGAAGACAAGGACAACAACUCUGAAAAUCUUUGAAACAAAGAAUGCAUUUGGGCAUGACUGUGCUUACAGCAGCUUAACUAAAUUUAGUAUGGCUUAUACAUAGUAUAAUAUAUUGUAGUAGUAUCUAUUUGGUAGUGCAAGUUUCCUUAAAUAUUCUAGAAAUGUUAUGUUUGUAAAAUGUAUGCAUAUAGUUAUCUGUGUUGCUUUACUGACUAAAGUCAAAAAUAAAACUUUUGUACUUCAAGAAUGGCCAAUGUAUUUUCCUUUUGCAGGAUCGUAUAUGAGCAUUUAUAACAGGAAUUCAGUUACAGCAGACAUGCAUAGCUUCUUGUCAUGGUGUGGAUGGGCAUUUAGAUAUGCAAUUAUUCAUUUUAAACUAAUUUUGUUUUAUAUUUUUUGCUGAAUUAUUUAACUUUUAGGGAGUUUAAAAUCUAAGACUGUAUUCUCAUUCACAAGUUAAAUUUUAACAGAUGAAGUCAACAUGUAUCUUUAUAUCAGUUUCUAGCUAUUACUGACAAGCAUAUCUCUCAACUGCAUAGACCUCAGGGACAGAGCCAACAAUAAUGGGAGGGGGCAAAAAUACAGACAUGUUUAAACAUUGCUCAUAGAUGUUUGCAAGAUUUCCAUUAGCAUAUAUUUUCUGAAGGAUAUGAAAUCUGAAACUAAAAUAUCUGUAAUUAUUUUGUGACCAGUAUCCUCCACAAUUUGCCAAAAAAUACACAUUUUAUGAGGAACAGACCAAAAAUAAGAGGUAACAUCUGGGCAUUUUGUGCUGACAGGUUUGCUGAUGUGUGUAUAAACUGAUAGAUGUUUGAACUACCUGUUAGAUGGAUGAGAUCCGUGAGUCCUACAAUGUUGAAAAUGUGCAGCUGUAAAACAAAAAUGUUCUAUCUCAAUGCAGUAUAAAUGUAU